ACCCACUGCUGUUUUAAGUUAAUAAUAAGAAAAUAGAGAUGAUAAAAGAACAUUAUAGAAUAAAUUGUCCACAAAGAAAGCUACAAAAAAGCAGAAACUAGAGUACUCAGCACUGUAUCCAGUAUUCAAUUACUGAGUGGAUGGAAUAGAGCACAUAAUAUAUGCAAGACCCGUUGUGUCGUGAUGGCUCAUAUGGCCGCAGGUAUCAUAAAACCGUCUUAAAUUUGAAACUGGCCCGUUAACUCCCACAUUAUCUGACCAAAUGAGGCAGAAAGGACAGUUUUGCCUAUAAAACUGCAGAGAACAUGAUGUAGUGUGUUGUGUGUACGUUAGACAGAGCAAGAGACAGAAACGGAGAGAGUAAUAUUAUAUCUGGGGGGGGGUUUGAAUAUGGGACGGUCCUGAAUGCGCUCAAUGGAUCAGAGUAAUCUCAGUCAAAUCAGUGUCAAUGCACCGUCUGCACGCUGUUUAAUCCUCUCUGGCAUGACAUUUAAUAUGUUGUCCAGCAAAUGUAUUAUCUACAUUUUCAGAUGAGUACAUUACAGAUAUAAAGCUGUCACAUUUGCAGCGAAUGUUUUCAUCACUUUGAGUGUUGAUGCUGAUGAAGUCCUUAUUUGCUCCAUGACAUUUACAUUCCUGAUGUGUGUGUGUGUGUGUGUGUGUGUGUGUGUGUGAAAGUGCCUAUGAAUCAGAGUCGUUGUUGCAGUGUCUGACAGGAAAAGGUCUUAGUUUACAAUGUUUUCUCUAACCAGAUAUUUUCUGACAGUUAUCCAGGCCACUCAUACCUUCGUCAUCUCUUCCCUAAAGGUCUCUCCCUCCUGUUCCUCUCCAUCCCCACUCGUUUCCCUCCCUCACUCCCUCUGGUUUUUUCCAGUACAUGAAACAGGACAUGGUUUCUCAUUAUCAGCCAGACUCCUCCCUCUCUUUGACUGGUGGUGUUUUCUCCUCCCUCCCUCUUGUGAGGAGAGCUCGGCAGUGAGCGUUAAUCCCGGAUUGCGCUGCCCUGCCGUCUGCAUCCCGUUGUUGCUGGGAGAGCAUGGCACGGCUCCAGGACCCCUGUGCUCACACAGGAGACAAGUGAACGAAUGAGAGAGAGAGAGAGAGAGAGAGAGAGGCAAGAGAGAGAGAAAGGAGAGAGGUACAGCUUCACGACUGUCACAGCUGCUUGAGCACUGCCCUGCACUGAGUGUUGUUGAGUUUCAGUCACACACACACACUCUUCUCUCACAUAAACAAGGGAGAAAAGAGAGAAAAAGGAAGGAUGACGGCCAGUUUGUCGCAGCUGUGGGUGCAAAAGUGAAUGAAGAAAGAGGAAACCUCGGUCACGUCCUGGGUUCCACAGCAUCGCAACCUCUCUCCGCUCGGCGCUGCGUCUUCCUCACCACUCACACUUAAGAGGGAUUAAACUUUUUUUGUGCUUUUGAUCUCUUGUUGUUGGCACAUCUGGAACUCUCUGACAUGGAGUCUCCCACCAAAGAGAUCGAGGAGUUUGAAAGCACGGCCCUGAAGUACCUCCAGCCGGAACAGAUUGAAAAGAUUUGGAUCCGGCUCCGGGGACUGCGCAAGUACAAGAAGACGUCCCAGAGAUUACGAUGUCUGGUGAAGCAACUGGAGAGAGGAGAGGCUUCCCUCACUGACCUCAAGAAAAACCUUGAGUAUGCAGCGUCGGUGCUGGAAUCCGUUUACAUCGAGGAGACGAGGCGUUUGGUGGACACAGAGGAUGAGCUCAGUGACAUCCAGUCAGAGUCGGUGCCCUCAGAGGUGAGGGAUUGGCUGGCCUCCACCUUCACUCGCCAGAUGGGCCUGAUGCUGCGCCGCAAUGAAGAGAAACCUCGCUUCCGCAGCAUCGUCCACGCCGUCCAGGCUGGCAUAUUUGUUGAGAGGAUGUACCGACGUACCUCCAAUAUGGUGGGACUCAGCUACCCCCCUUCUGUCAUAUCUGUGCUUAAGCAUGUUGACAAGUGGUCGUUUGACGUGUUCGCUCUAAACGAGGCCAGCGGGGAGCACGCUCUUAAAUUCAUAUUCUACGAGUUGCUCACAAGAUACGACCUCAUUAGUCGUUUCAAGAUCCCGAUCUCUGCGGUGGUGUCGUUCGUGGAGGCCCUAGAAGUGGGAUACAGCAAACAUAAAAACCCCUACCACAACCUGAUGCACGCUGCUGAUGUCACACAGACUGUACACUACUUGCUACUCAAGACUGGCAUGGUGCAUUGGUUGACUGAGCUUGAGAUCUUUGCCAUGAUCUUUGCGGCAGCGGUGCACGACUACGAGCACACGGGGACCACAAACAACUUCCACAUUCAGACAAGGUCAGACACAGCUAUCCUGUACAAUGAUCGCUCAGUGUUGGAGAGUCACCAUGUCAGCGCGGCCUACCGCCUGCUGCAGGACGACGAUGAGAUGAACAUCCUCUACAACCUCUCCAAGGAUGACUGGAGAGAGCUGCGGGCUCUGGUGGUGGAGAUGGUGCUGGCCACAGAUAUGUCGUGCCACUUCCAGCAGGUUAAGACCAUGAAGAACUUCCUACAACAACCUGAGGGCAUCGACAAGCCCAAAGCCCUGUCCCUGCUGCUGCACACUGCAGACAUCAGCCACCCGGCCAAAAGUUAUGACCUCCACCACCGCUGGACCACCUCUCUACUGGAGGAGUUCUUCAGACAGGGGGACAAAGAAUCAGAGCUCGGCCUGCCCUUCUCUCCGCUCUGCGACCGAAAGUCCACAAUGGUGGCCCAGUCCCAGAUCGGGUUCAUCGACUUCAUUGUGGUGCCCACCUUCACUGUGCUGACGGACAUGAUGGAACGUAUCAUCAAACCGCUCAUCGACGAGGCCUCCCAUUCAGGUUUUGCCGGCUUUAGACGCUCAAGUCUGAACAGUAUUAGCUCAGAGGAGCCCAAGAGGCACAGCGGGAAGAGCUCCGACAGCAGCUCGUCAGGACAAAGCUCUCUGCUGACGGUGGACCUGAAGAACUUCAAGGCGUUGUGGAACGAAGAGGUUUAUCAGAAUAGAGAGAGGUGGAAAGCUCAGGCUGCUAAAGAGGCGGAGGAGAGAGCUAAAAGGGAAGCGGAGGAGCAAGCCCAACAGGAAGAGUCCAUGGAGCCCCAGGAUGUCGACACAGAACCAGAACAGCCUGAACCAAAGGAGGAGCCACUGGAGGGGGAGGACCCUGAGUCAUCGGAGGUCAGCCGACCUCCAGAUGGUAACACGGAGGAAACGGAGCAGGGAGCGCAGCCCGGGAGCGCCACACACAAGAGUCCUCCACUGCAGAACGGAGAGUUGUCUGAAGGAACUGAAUCUCCAGAGGGUGAAGAAAACAAGAACAAAGAAGAAGAUGCAGAGGUGGCAAUGGAAUAAGCGAGCUGUGGAGAAUCACGGCCUUACUGUUGCAUCUCUGCUGCGCUGCUGUCGACCUGAACCUGCUUUUACCUGUAUGGGAGAACUCACACCAGAGGGAAGCCAUUAGUUGGACUGCGUCGCCCUCUACAGGACACCAAGAAACUGACACUUUCACUUCCUUUUUUGUCUCUGUGAUCAACUGUUUAUACUUUCACCAUAUUUAUACUCCCAGGCUCUUGUAUCCAGAGCUUGCAGCUCUACCCACGUGCAUUAUUCCCGCCUUCCUGCUUCCUGAUGAAGACGAUACAGAAGAAGAUUUAAUGAAGAGGAGCCUUUGAAAGACACUGAAAAUGCUUCUUUUCUUUUUUUUGUUUGUUUGCCAAUCUUUUACUUCACUCUAAGUUGUGUGUUUAACUCAGCCACAGACAUGUAGCCAUUGUACAAAUCCCACUUUUCACCGCUGUGGUGUGCUCCUCUGUUUACAGUCUUUGUUCGAUUUUAACAUCACGAGUAUUGCUAAUUUAUUUUGGUACUUACUGAAGAAUACAUUAGCGCAGAUUUGCGGGAAAUGCAGGAUAGAUCUAUAGAUCUAUAGCUGCGACAGCAUACGAGUAUGUGUACAGUACACUGGGGUUAAAUUCAUAGGUUUAUAGCGCUACUAUUUUACUAGAAAGUCCUUUUAACACAUCCACUCUAUAACUUCUCCCUGUGCUUUUAGGAGCUCCUGUUGGGAGUCUCUUAUGUUUCUGAGGCGACUACAAGAAACCAGUUGUGGCUCAUUUUUUUCCUUCAACAUGUUUACUUUCUUAGUGCUUUCCUCCGACAUUGUGCAAUUCUAAUGCGUUUGUGUUCCUUGCAGCCAGGUUUAUAUUGUUUCUGUUUGUGUUUCUGUCCUCUUUACUGUAUAUAUUGAAAGUUUGUACAUGUAUGGAUGUGAGGAGGAGGAGUAGAAAUCCUACGAUUCCAAAAUCCACCAACAGAUAUUUUCUUUUUUUGGAUAUAAUGUAAGAUAUUGUAGUGAGAAAUGUCCAAAAAUUAGAAUGCAACUUUUGCAUUUCAAACAUAUCACUCGUUCAAGUUUUUGUAAUAUAUAUAAAGUCUUUUUCUUUACUUUUUCUUUUGUAACAUUCUUGUUUUGUUUUGCAUUUGUUGUGUCCUCUAUGAAUCAUGCACUCGAUAUGUGUCUAAUAUCCUCACACUGUGUGUCAUUUCUUCGUCAAACGACUUCUUCUUGAUGCCUUCUUCUAUGUAUUUAAGCUGUAGCAAAGAGUCAACAUGUCAUGUCGCUGAAUUAGAGGAAAAUCGUAUCUAUGUAUUUUAUUUUGCAGUACAGUUAUGUUCCAGCAGCUUCGAGGUUGCUGGUGUAAAUGUUUUGAUCGACGUGUUUACAGUGUGCUCGUACACCUAUUAGCCAGUUGAAUCCAUCAUGCUUCUGUGAUGCAUCUGAGGCUAUGAGUCCAAACUGUAUCUGCUUCUUGGUCGUUCGCCAGGUUUUUAAAGGCUUGUAAUGUUGUGUAUAGGAGAUGCAAAUAUUGCUUACUGUGCAUAUGUAACAUAUUGAACCUCUGCAAUGCUGGUUCAGCUUUUAAUAUAUAUACUUAAUAUGUGUAAUUGGAAGAAAAGAAGCAUUUUUUGGCAGUAUUUGCAUAAUGAUGGAUAUGUUUUCCCUAAAAAUUGUGCACUUUUAUUUAGUUUUUCUUUUGUGUUUUAAAUUCUAAAUUUAUUGUGCCAAGAUCAAGGCAUAUUAUUUUAAAGUAUACUGCACAGGUGUAUACUGAUACAUAUACUAAAACAUAAACAUAGGGUUCAAAGAGGGGAAAUAAUUCAACACCUAAACAUUUAUAUAAAACUGUAGGAAUUCUUUUUCAGCCUCUUUGUUUUAAUACGCACUCCUCAUUUUUAUAUUAUAACAGGAACUUUAGUAUCGUGCUGGGAUAUAUAAAGCAGAUUGUCACGUAAUGUAACCACAUGCUACUUUCUACCUAAAAGAUACAGUCAGUGGUUAGCAAGCCAGCUGGCUGAAUGUGUGCCUAUAUAUAUGUGUACUUUCCAUUUGACACCUUUCACGUGUAGGAAAACUAAUUUUGUGAUGUCAUUUGAAUCUGUACUGAUCCAGGUACAGUCAAACAAAACUGUUCAUAUCUUCCUACAAUUACUCACACUAAAGAGUUUUAUUUUAGACACUGUUGGAAAGUCUGUCUGUAAAGUCAGAAGUUUGAUGUUGCAGAAGUAUUUAUAGUGGUAUAUGUUGCUCUUUUUUAUUUAGAAAAAUCUAUUUUAUAGCUGUAUAGCUUUCUUUUUGUUUUACUGUACUGUUCGCCGGAUUGUCAAAAAGUACGUCUCCAACAUGUAAUGACAUUUUUAACUUGUCAUUUUGUCUCUCCUCUCUGGUUUCAUUCGUCCCUGUGUGUGUGUGUCGUUUCGAUAUGUUUUAUUCCACCAGCUCUGAAGUCAGAAAAAUAAUUCAAGUGGCUCAAAACUGUAAAUUUAAAGUGUAAGAAUCAUUUAAAAAAUUUGAUUUAUAAAUAGAACAAAUACAAAAAAGUCAUUGCGUGCUCAAAAUAGCCUGCCUGAUACUUGGUAAAGCAGAAUAUAUUUUCUGUACCAAGGGACCAACACAUGUACAGUCUUGUAGUUUGCUCUAUCUUUCACUUGCUACUGUGAUAGCCUACUGUAUGAAUAUUUAACAGGACUUUAUACCAACCAUAAUCAGAAACAUAGCUGUAUUUAUGACAUGUAAAGACUUCUAAACAUGGUGUUUUGUAAUUGUUACCACGGAAACAGAUUAAUUGUUGUUUGUUUAAUGCUUCGUUUCCUUGUUUAGUGUCAAUCACUCUUUAUGACGGAUCUCAAACUGUUGUAGUGACUGAGGUUAGAUGGAUGUAAAGCGUGUGUGUGUGUGCGUGUGUGUGUGUGUGUGCGUGUGCGUGUGUGUGUGUGAGAAACUGCCGAAAAAUACUUAAUGUGCAUUUCCGAUCUCCUCACUGUGACCUGCUCUAUCGAUGAAGAGUGUGAUGAGAUGAGUGUGAUGAGAUGAGAGUGUGUGUGUGUGCGAGUGUGUGUGUGUGAGAGAGAGAGAGAAAAAGUGAUGCAGCAGGCUGUUUAAAGCUGCAAACAAUUCUCACCACUUAAAACAUAAUCCGCAUUUUAUUCCCACUUUAAAGAUCCAAUUCUCAUAUGUUUUAUAAACCGUAUCAGGCUGACUGAAUAUGUUUACUUAUAUAAAACAGAAGUAGACAUAUAAACAGUUAUGUUAAUUAAAUAAACGUAAAGGUGGGUAGUCAAACUAGCUAACAAAAGAAAACCGCCUUUAUCCUCCACGACAUCUAUGAAUACACAGACGGACUAAGAGAGUGUGUAUGUGUGCGUGCGUGUGCGUGUGUGCGUGUGUGCAUGUAUGUGCAUGCAUGUGUGUGUCACUGUCCCAUGCCGGCCAGGCGGCCGCGUGUGCCACCAUGCUCUGUGACUGCACAGCCGUAUCAAUAAAUCUGGACUCAAAGGGCUCA